AUUUAUACUUAAGUAAACAAACGAUGUAAUUAAUUCAGGUAUUAAAACUUUGAGUUCUUUUGAAAUAACUUCAUUUACCUGAUGACAUUCAACAACUGUCUCCUCACCAAUUUUCCGUAGAUUGGAUUGAACACAGUACAAAUGUUUGAUUAUUUUUCACUGAAAAAGGUGGACCAAUUCUACCUUUACUAUUGAUGUCUUCUAAGAAAUCGAAAGUAAAGAAAAUUAACGUCAGCAAAAUGAGAAUAAGAACAAACAGUAGCAACAAGCCUCCUUCACCGGUUGUGGAUAGGGUGAAUCCAAUACCAGCAAUAGCUUUUGCUGCAAAAUCGAAAAACAAAUUCAGAGCAAUGCUGGAGGAGCAAAUUGAAAAGGACAGAAGUUUAACAGUGAAGGAAAGAUUUGAUAUUUUUAUAUCAGAAACGAGUUUUACGGCUUUGACAAAAAUUUGCAAAGCUGGUAAUAUUUUCAAACAAAUAGUCUGGCUGAUAUUGGUAUUAGCAAUGUUAUCCUGGUUAUGUAUCCAGUGUUUUUGGUUGUUUGAGAAGUACCUAAGUUAUCCUUAUGAGGUGAAAAUAGAACUCAAAUCUAUUCAGAAGAUGGAGUUUCCAAGUGUUACAGUUUGUAACAGAAAUCCGAUCAGAAGAAGUAAAUUCGAAAGUUCUCCCUUUAACGCUCCAGAAUAUAAAGGACUGUUUGAAGUAUGGCAGAAUUCUCAAUUGUAUGAUAAAGCUGUGAAAUCUAUGAAAAACCAAACAAAAGAAAGGUAUGAUGGCGACGGAGGAUCAAGUGAAGAAGAUACUUAUGUAAUGUCACAGAUGAAGAAUAAUAGCAUUAAUGUAUGGUCUGCUCUUUCUGACCCAGUCACCGCAGCGGCUUUCUAUAAAACGGAAGAUCAGGAAAUGGUUGCCACAUUUGGUUAUGCCACAAUUGCCGCAAAAAUGGACCAAUCUGAACUUAAAUCAUACGGUCAUCAAAUAGAAGAUUUUCUUGUAUCAUGCAGGUUUCGAGGAAUGCCAUGUUCUCCACAGAAUUUUACGUUCGUCCCGAACGUAAAGUAUGGGAAUUGUUUCACGUUUAAUGCAUUUAACAACAGUCAAGAUCCACUGUACAGUACAUACUCGGGGCCAUUAAUGGGACUUUCGCUAGAACUGAACGUACAACAGUAUGAGUACAUGCCGGCUCUUGCUCCAGAUGCAGCGGUUCGUGUUCUAGUUCACACUCGGGGAACCUUUCCCGCUCUGGAAGACGAUGGUUUUUCAAUUCCAGUUGGAUUUAUGACAUCAGUUGGACUUAAAGUGACAGAAAUUACCCGAUUAACGCCACCACAUGCAUCUUGUGCAACGGAAGGUACAAUUGAAAAUCUGUAUCAAACACGAUAUGGAGUAAUCUACGAAAAAUCAACAUGUACAAAAACUUGUCAACAAAAUAUUUGGAAAGAAAAAUGUGGGUGUGUUGUUCCUUUAUAUGAAAAACCGGAGAAUUCAUCGGUCUGCGACUGUGAGAAUCACGAGGACCAGGUUUGUCUUUGGGAAAAGAUGGAUCAGAUGCAAGAAUGUGAACUCAUGUGUCCAAAUUCGUGCAUCGAAAAGAAGUUCGAGCCACUGAUAUCCAUGGGAACCUGGCCCAGUAAACAUUACGAGGAUUAUUUAGACUACAAAAUUCAACAUUCAAGUUUGGAUUUCAUGGGAGAUGAUAAAAUCGACAGCGAUGACAACUUAGCAAAAGUGGAAGUUUAUUUCCGUGAAAUGAUGUAUGAGACCAUUGAACAACAGAAAGCUUAUGAGUCACAAAAUUUGAUCUCAGACGUCGGUGGACAGCUUGGACUGUGGUUAGGAUUGUCAGCAGUUACAAUAGGAGAGAUGUUCGAGUUUAUCAUGGCAAUUUUUAAAGCAGUCACAGCAAAGGCAGUACGUCGACGGAACAGAGAAACAGCUGUCGAGUCUUUGGAAGAUUGUCACCGCAGACUGUCAUUACAGGAAUUUAAUUGAAUUUCAAAAGUUUAUUAACAUAAAGUUGUUAAGUAUACGAUAAACUAAAAUAUGAAAGUGUAAAUAUAUUUGAAUUCUAUUUAUAACCAGCUAAGGAUGAAUAUUGGCUCUUCAAAUUUCAAAAUUUUUUAUAAACAUUAUUGCUUUUUUGAUAUCUACUAUAUUGAAUCUUUGACGUCAUACAACAAUCGUUUUUUUCUUUGUAGCGUCAAACAUUUUUUAUAGUGACGUGAAAACUUUACUGGAACCUUUGUCAUGUCAAGUUAUGGUGAACACAUAGCAUUAAGGUGCAUUAUAUCUUGAAACCCAUGAAGUUUUUUACAAGGUUGUAUUUUUUAAUGUUCGUCAGGCAACCCAUUAUAUCUCAAUAUAUACCUUUCCGAUUCUAGCAGCUAUUUAUAAGAUAUUUUUAUACAGAUAAACCCUUAUCUUUGUGUAAACUGUUCGUAUACAAGUUUUGAGAAAUGUUUUCCUACUAAGUUUUUUGAUUUUGCAGACGCUUGUUUUUUCAAUUAUAUUUCAUAUGUUAUGCAUUUUUUACUCAAAUGACCAUAUUAUUGAUUUUAUCUAAUAUUUUAAACGUGUUUUGUUUGUUAAACGUCACAUACAUUUCUACAUUAUUAUAUUUUUAAAACAAUACUUUCUAUCAAGUUUGAAGCUAUUCGACCUAUGCGUGGUUUUUUAAAAAGAUACAAUAGUUAUCAAAGGUACCAGGAUUAUAAUUUAGUACGCCAGACGCGCGUUUCGUCUACAUAAGACCCAUCAGUGCCCUCAUAUAAAUAUGCUUUGGGAUGUUUUUGCACAGAAGAAAGGAAUAAUGUAAAUAUUUAAAUUAUAGUAGAAACCUCCGUUUUGUAUAACAAAAUUUAUAAACAGAUGUCUAGUGUGUUGUACGUUUUUAUGCCAUUAGAAAAAAUCACAAUGUACAUUUUUAGAGAUUUUUCGUUAGGAAUUUCAAAUAGACAAAAAAAAACACCAGUGUCAGUCAUAGAGUUCAGCUAAAUGGUUAUCUUAAAAAUAUGAACAGGUCGACCACAAUAAUCAUAUUUCAUCGUCAAGCGAAGAGUACUAAUCUAGCUAAUCGUUGACUUUUUCAUACAAAAUCCAUUCAGAAUGAUCUUUAAUACUUUAAAUGUAAAUAUUUGCUUUCAAGAGUAUUAAUAAAUUUGGUCACCUACUUGUCAAAUUGUAAGAUUUUUUUUCUUUUUUAAUAUGUGAAUUAAAGAUAACAAGUUAUUAGGACAUAUAUAUCAGAAAGAAAAAGGCAUUCGUGAAAGAAGAUUAACACACAUUUUUAUUUGCGAUGAAAGAUCAUUAAAGGAUCGGAUCCUUAAAUAUUUAACUAGUAAUCAAGACAUUCGUCGCAGCAACACCAACUAUUGUCUACGC